AUGGUACCAAUUUACGGCAUUACAUGGACAAUCACAAAUACUUCAGUCCGUUGGUGUUUGUUUGCAUGUCUAAAGGAUGAGGACUGUGUCUCCAUCUUCUUCAAUAGUGGCACCUGCCAUGGGUAUCCCGAAAAGAUUCACGAUAUGAUAGAAAUAAGACAAAUUUAUGGAACUAGUUACUACGAAAUUGCAGGACCAAUGGGAAAUGUAGCUGCAGGGAAAACGGCAAUCCAGUCGUCAAAUUAUGGAUUGGAGAAAUACUAUGGUCCAGCUCUUGCACUGGACGCAGUGCGGCAUCCUUACCAAAAUGACCCUGACAUUAGUCGCAAGUCCUGCUCCCAUACACGUUCUGAUGCAGAUAAUUUCCCCUUCUGGCAGGUCGACCUGGAUGCACUAUAUCUGGUGUUUCUGAACAUCACUGUAGCUGAAACAGCGAAUGGACCACGACAUUUGUGUAUGUACUAUCCUGGACCGGGCUUUAUGAACCAGAUGAAAACGUUUUACUGCGAGACACCAGUGAAAGGCCAGUUCGUGAGAAUCUCUAGGGAUGAAAGGGUACUGAACAUGUGUGAGUUGGAGGUGUACGGCUUUCCAUUGCACUAA